CGAGGGGAGACGGGGAGGGCCGUGUGUGCAUGCGAUGUGCAUGACGGGCUGAAGGAUCUUCCUCCUCCUCGGAUCCUCACCGCUCAUCCCACGGCGGCUCUCCGCAAAGAGGUGAACGUUGGAGCGCAGGCGGCACGCGACCUCAUGACCACGGUCGUCCCCUCGCUGGAGAGCAGCGCGCCAUCUUCGAGCUCUGCGCCAGCGCACCGCAUGCCCGUGCACAGGCCUCUCUCGCAGUCCCUGUUGAGCCUGCCGUCUGCCGGGCCCCAGAGUUCGGCGCUCCGUGCCCAAUGCAGGCCGCACACGCUCAAGCUGGCCAGCAGCGAGGUGGACGUGUGCGGGGUCCGCGGCGGCCGGAGAGGGGACGGGUGCCGGGCCGGCGGGCCGCCCGGAGGUUACGCGCUGCGCAGGACUCGGGCGCGUGACCUCAGCUGCGAGCCCACGACCCCGACGAACCCCGACGGAGACUUCGACCUGAGCGCGGAACGCGGGGCUGAAUGCGGCUUCCGGCGGCGGCCGCCCCCUCGUCAGAAUGGCCUCGUCAACGGUGGCGCGCUCAACUCGCGUCCGUCGAGGGACGGCACGGCGACGACGGCCGCGGCGGUGGCGGCGCCGGAGGCGGGAGCGAGAGCGGCGAAUGCACGAGGCCGCGCCGAGGUCAUCCGCCAACGGAUCGAGCGAUGGGAGGGGCGGCAGGGGGAUGCCGACUCGGGGAACGGAGGGGGCGCCGUGGGCCGAGGAUUGGUCACUCCAAAGGAGCCAGCAGCACCGACAGGGCCAGAGAGGCAACAAACGAGGAUGAAGAAGGAGGAGGAGGGUGUGAAACCAGGCGAGGUGCGCGAGCCUCUUGCUGGGCCACGAUCGCCGGGCCGUGAGGCCGGCACAGCCGCCGGGGUGAUCCAGCGGACACCACUUCCAGACAAAAGCCUCAGCGCCACAACCGGAGGAGGAGGAGAGGUGACGCUGCUGGACGAAUGCGGUCGCUCCAUGACUGGAGCAGCGGCCGCACGUGAGCGUGCGGGAUCAGCUCAGAGCCCGGGCGCUCGGCGGGACUUUACCGGGAAUGCUGACGGCGUGCGGACGCGGACGUGCGGAGGGUCUGAUUCGUGCAAGCCUCUCGCGGAGGCGCUAACCAACAACAAGUGUCUCUUUAUCAAAACCACGAACACGGACGCCUCCUUAAAUAAUAAUGUCAGCGGCGGGGUUGGCCUCGUGCCCGGAGGCGAGAAAGUCGCCGCGGUGAGAGCGAGCACGGCGUGCGCUGGCCAACCCAAAGCGGGGCCCACGGAGGGCUGGUACUGCACGCCCGCCCACCCGCAGCCCAAGCCGGCAGCGGCAGCUCGUGUCCUGCCCGGCGCGCAGACCGAACGCCGCGGCGGACUGCAGGAAAGCGUCAAUGGGAAAUCGUCGGAGCGGAGAGAGCACGGGGGCUGUAGCGGCGAAGCCGUCGGCAGAGCAGCGGGGGGUGUCACUCGUACGGCGUCGGACAGGAUAGCGGAUUCGAGCGCGAACGCGCGUGCCGGCGACCGCGCGUCGAGCAGGUGCGGCGCGACGGGGGCGACCGCGAACAGCGAGGGGAUGGGGAGCCCCACGAUGCGGCCGGGCCGAGGGGCGAGCGACGUGGACGCGGGGCGCCGCGUGGCAGAGGGGCGCGGCGCAGGGAGCGAAAGUCCCCGAGCGAUCGGGGCGACGGUCGGAUGCGUGCCUCCGGGUGAGCUCGACGGCACUAGGAAGGAGGCGUCGCCCGCGGGUGAAGCGGCGCCGCGGAGCGGGGGCAAGCGAGGGGGCGUCGCCUCCGUUCUGUCCCGCGUGCGGACCCUGGAGCGCGCCGCGCAGGACUGCCCCAACCACGGCGUGCCCGAGCUGCCCGGCAUCUUUUACGGCGCGAGGGAGGCGCGGCGCUCGCGUGCCGGGCUCGGGCCCCGCGGGCCGGGCACCUCCCGCGAGCGCCGGGGGUCCCCGGCGAUGGCCGCCCGCCAGCGCCGCGACAGCCGCGGCUCCGAGCCGAGCGAGACGGACUACAGCACCGUCGGCAGCGUGUACAGCGCGCGCGGCGACGCGCCCUGGGACUCGGAGAACGUGUACGCCGACCCGGCGCUCUGCGACAGCCCCAGCCCGACGCCGUCGCCCGCGCGCACGCUCUCGCCCCCACCCGCGGACGCGCCGCCGAAGCCGCGGCGGACGUUCGAGUACCGGGCCGGUCCGUUCGAGGGCGGCGGCGGCGGGGGAGACGCGCAGCGCCCCCCGGCUCCGUCGCCCGCGCCGCCCUCCUCGCUGCUGCCGCCGCCAUCUUCUCCGGCGCCGCCGCUGCCCAGCAGCCCCCCCCCGUGCUCUACGCAGCCGCCGCCGCCGCUUCCGCGCCCUGCCCAGGACUGCUCGCGAUUGUCCUCCCCGGAGCCGAGUACGGUGCCAUCGCGACCCCGUGUGCCACUGCAGGAGCUGCCCUUGCCUCCGUUCCAGCCGCACAGCCCCGAGUUCGGUCUCGCCCUCUCCCAUGAAAACAUCUACGAGGACAUCAUAGAACCGUGCUCGCGCGAGAAUCCGUACGAGGACAUCGCCGACGGGGAGUGGGCGUCGAGCCUGGAGGACUCCUCCUCGCUCUGCCUGCGCAGCGCCCCCGGGAAGUCCCGCAGCGCCACCCUCUCCGAACCCAGGCUGCCGCCCUGGGGUGGAGGCGGCCGCCGAGGGGUCGGGCCGGGCACUCGCGGGGGUGGCCGCACCUCCUCGCUGCGCGCCCCCCGGCCGGGACGCGCGGGGGCGGCCGCCCGGGGCUCCCCCUCGUCGCUCCUCUUCGCCGGCGGCGGCCUCGACGAGGAGUGGGGCGCCGGCGCCGUGCCCGCCAGGGCCCCCAAGUCCGUGCAGAAGAUUAACAGCAUCUUCACUGCGCGGUGCGGCUGGAAGCGCUGGAAAAAGACGUCGGUGUCGAGCCCAGAGUCACUCAAAGAUGAGAACAGCGACAGUGAGAGUGACUCUGACGAGCAGCUGACAGAGCACCGGCUGCGCCUGGUGCACGUGGCGGCGGCGCUGCGUCGCGCCAGGAGCGGGCGCACGCUGGAGCUGGAGCAGCUCGAUCCGCACAACCGCCGCCUCUUCGAGCACUUCGUGGUGGUGUCGCUCCGCGAGCGGCCCGCGGGGGCCGUGGGGCCGGGGCCGCCCGGCACCUUCACGCCGCAGCUCACCUACCAGUUCCCCAAGCUCGAGCGGCCGAGCCAGGAGGCGCGUGAGGCCGAGGAGAGGCUCAAGGUCAUCCCCCACUUCUGCUUCCCCGACGUGCGCGAGCUGGGCCCCGUGGUGGGACCCGGAGCCCCGGAGGGACCCAGAGGGCCGUGUCCCAGUGAGACCUUCUCGUUCGUGCUCACGUACGAGGACGGCAUCCGCCGCUUCGGGUACUGCCGGAGGCUGACGCCCGAGGGGAAGGGCCUGCCCGAGGUGUACUGCAUCAUCAGCCGUCUGGGCUGCUUCACCCUCUUCUCAAAGAUCCUGGACGAGGUGGAGAAGCGGCGCUGCAUGUCCCCAGCGCUCGUCUACCCCUUCAUGCGCGUGCUCGCCGACGCGCCCUUCCCCGCGCCCGGACGCACCGUGCGCUUCAAGAAUUUCCUGCCUGGCUCGGGCAACGAGGUGAUCGAGCUACGGCGGCCGCUGGACUCGCGGCUCGAGCACGUCGACUUCUCGUGCCUGCUGGCGUGCCUGGGCACGCGGCACAUCGUGCAGGUGUUCGCCUCGCUGCUGCUGGAGCGACGCAUCAUCCUGACGGCCGACCGGCUCAGCACGCUGUCGCAGUGCGGCCACGCCAUCGCGGCGCUGCUCUACCCGUUCGCGUGGCAGCACACCCUGGUGCCCGUGCUGCCCGCGUGCAUGCUGGACAUCGCGUGCGCCCCCACGCCCUUCCUCAUCGGCGUGCUUAGCUCCGCCCUGCCCCGCCUCCGAGAGCUGCCCAUCGAAGAGGUGCUGUUGGUGGAUCUGUGCGGCGAUCGCUUCCUGCGCCAGCUGGACGACGAGGACAGCAUUCUGCCGCGGAAGCUGCAGGGGGCGCUGGAGCACGCGCUGGAGCAGCGCCACGAGCUGUGCGCACGCGGCCCGGACUCGAGCGGAGAGGAGGCCGAGGGUCAGGAGGACGCGGGAGACGGGAACCAGGACCGCGGCCCGCUGGAUCGCUUCGUCUCCGAGGCGUUUGUGCGCUUCUUCGUCGAGACCGUGGGCCACUACUCGCUGCACCUGGACGCGCUGGAGGGGCGCGAGCGGCGCGCUGAGCCCGGCGGGAGGCGCGAAAGGGCGGAGCGGCGCCUGCAGCGCGAGACCUUCCGCAAGGCGGUGGCCUCCAAGAGCACGCGGCGCUUCCUCGAGCUCUUCAUGGAGACGCAGAUGUUCGCCGGCUUCGUGCACGAGCGCGAGGCGCGGCGUGCCUGCCCCAGAGGCCUCUUUGAGGUGCGCGCAGCUCAGUACCUGGCGGAGACGCCUGAAGCGGAGCGGGGAGGGGUCAAUCGCUUCCUCAAAGGGCUCGGCAACAGAAUGAAGUUCCUCUCCAAGAAGUGACGCCUCGGGUGCAGCACCGAGGUACGAACUCUGGAGGCCCAAGCCUGAAACGCCGAGGGGUGGGGUGUGGGGUGGGGGCCGACGGUCACCCGUGGCCCAGUCUCGGCCCCUAAAAGAAGUCCCGGUGGCGGGGGCCUGGUUGGGACCGGGGGCGUCCUUGAACCCGAGGUGGAGUCGGGAGGUCAAGGGUCACGGACGGGGACCCACGCAGGGAUCGACAGCCUCGGCUUGAACCUGGCGGGACGGCGAUGGGGGGCGGUGACCCCCCAGGUAGGGGACGGGCUCUGCGCGUCCGCGGAAAUUAAAACGGGGAGGCCUGCUAACGAGCGUCGCGUCGCAACGGACUGGCUGCUCAGUGUUUGCAGUUCACACUGGCAACCGA